GAAUAUAUAUAUAUAUAUAUAUUUUAAUAAUAUCUAAACAAUUUCAGAAAUUACUUUUUAGGUCAUGCACCCUAAUUUACAAAAUAAAACUAAUUUAUGUAUUUGAAAUCGUUUCGAAAAUAUCAUAAAACACUACAAAAUAAUUUAUGAUUAAACUUCUGGUUUAGUAUAAAAGAUUUGCGUAAGGUCCGAUUCUCAACCAAUUGCUAGAGUCUGUCGAACUGCCGCAGUAAUGAAAGGAAUUAGUUUGUCGUUAACGGUGUUGGUGUAUUGUGCAAAUAUCGAUUCGAUACGCGCCAAUUUACCGAAGGUAUGCUUAGACGGUUCAUCCUGUGUGCUCGGCAGAUAUAUGAGUGGCAAUGAGAGCGAUUCAUUUGAAGCUAUUAGUGCCAAUGAGAGCGAUUCAUUUGAAGCCUUCUUGGGCAUACCAUACGCCAAACCACCCAUCGGUGAUUUGAGAUUCAGUAAUCCUGAAGAAGCUGAACUAUGGAAUGAAACGUUAUCAGCAAUAAAUUCUACGCCUGAUUGUAUACAACGUGAUUAUAUCAAUGUUACAAAACGAAUCGGCGGAUCAGAGGAUUGCCUCUACUUGAAUAUAUAUCGCCCGUUGCACGGUGCCGGUGGAGAAUUGCCAGURAUGUUUUACAUACACGGUGGUGGAUUUUUCGCCGGCUCUCCGAGUCCCGACAAUGUAGGGCCGCAAUAUUUUAUGGAWAYGAGUAAUGUAAUUCUAGUAGUGGCCGCCUAUCGUUUGGGUCCAUUUGGUUUCCUAUCUACUAACGAUGAGCAGAUGACGGGAAAUUAUGGACUUAAAGAUCAGAAAUUAGCACUACAAUGGGUUAAGAAGUACAUUUCGGCUUUUGGCGGUGAUCCUGAACGAGUGACUAUUUUCGGUCAUAGUGCUGGCGCUGCAUCAGUCCAUUUACACUUAAUGAAUAACAAUGAUGAGGGUCUAUUCAGUAACGCUAUUAUGAUGAGUGGCGUCGGAAACUCACCAUUCGCUUUGCCAGUAAAGGAUCCUAGAGACCAGGUCGUUCAAUUGGCUAAAGCUGCUGGUGUAACAGAAGCUGAGAAUCUAAGUUCCGCUGACCUAGUUCAAGCAUUGCGAUCAAUCAAACCGGAAGAUUUACUACUAGCCGCCGAUGAUCUUAAAAUUUGGGCUGAGCAACCACCAGUAGUAUUUCGCCCGAAUAUUGAAGAUCACACCUGGACUGGUGCAUUCUUGAAACAUGACCCAAGAUAUCCCUUUAUACCGCUUGGAACAGGCAAUGAUACACCUUGGAUCGUUGGUAAUGCACCUGCCAAGGGUGAGGGUUUGGUUAUAGCACUUCGAUUAGCAAGCARUARGAAUCUGCAGAAAGAAUUAAAUGAAAAGUUUAGCCAGAGACUAAGCAUUACACUGAGCUUGCCUGCUACAUGUGACACAGAAGAUGUGAUAGAUUCAUUGGUAACCGAGUAUAUGGAUGGUAAACGCGAAUUGAAUAAUGAAACAUUGAAUGGCUUUUUAGAGCUUCUAGGAGACGCCUAUUUCAUACAUCCAACUUACAGACUUUUAAAAUAUAAUGUAAAUUCUAGUCGCAGUGAUUUAAGAGGAAUAAUAAAUUUUGACUACCGCGGACCCUAUUCAUAUUCUCCAUAUUAUACAAAUAGCUCAAAAGAUUUCGGUACUGUACACAUUGAUGAUUCGCUGUAUCUGUUYAAUGGGCCAGUCGKAUUAUCAAAUGGUUAUGCAAAACAGUCUCCUGAGGCAGCGUUGGUUAAACGCUAUGUGAGGCUAUAUCAGUCUUUUGCCGAAAAUGGUUAUUCAGAUGAAUUUGCUGGCAUCGAAGAAUGUAAUGAUUUAAAUUUUCCGAAUUGUGAAUAUUUGUCGAUCGUAAAAGGUGAGGAGCCGUUCCAAACUAGCAAUUCUUGGAAUAUUGAACGAAUGGCAUUGUGGGACCAUAUAUAUGAUUCUUGCUAAAUUGUUUUUUCGAAUACGCAUACACAUAUUUAUGCAAUAAAGAAGAAUCACGUCAUUCUUAUUAAUACUUGACUGGAGUAAAUCUGAAUAAAAUAUUUUUUGGUUCCAGUUCAUAAGGCCA